UAGUCUUUUCUCUCUAAAAACAUCAGAAGUCAAAACCCAAAUCAAUCUUAGAAUGUGGUUUUCUGUUCUAAUAAUAUCAAUCAUCAAUAAUAUGAAAAUAUUUCUUGCGUUUGAAUAACAAAGAGUUUGAAUAACAAAGAGAUUGACGGAGAGAGAUUUAAAAGAAGGUGAAGAUGAUGAAAGUUCCAUAUACAACUGCUUUCAUAACGUUAUUUAGUCUUGGAUUAUUAUUUGGUUUUGGACGGCUAAGAGAGCUGUUCAGAAAAUUAGUUGAAUGGUGGAAAGACAGUAGUAAUAUUCAUGGAUACGCACCGGUUUCUUUAGGUUUCGAAGAUUUCUAUUUUAGACGUGUGUAUCUUCGUGCUCAGGAUUGUGUUAGUCGGCCGAUUGCAAGCGCUCCUCAUGCUUGGAUUGAUGUGGUUGAGCGUUACUCUGACGAUAGAUUCAAGACACUCAAACGAACCACGAACACGAGUAAAUGUCUUAACUUGGGAUCAUACAACUACCUUGGGUUCGCAGCAUCAGAUGAAUACUGCACUCCACGUGUUGUAGAGUCUUUGAAGAAAUUUUCUCCAAGUACAUGUAGCGCUCGCGUAGAUGGUGGAACGACAAUAUUACAUGUGGAAUUAGAAGCAUGUGUUGCUAAAUUUGUUGGAAAGCCAGCUGCUAUGAUAACUGGUAUGGGAUAUGUCACAAAUUCUGCUGUCCUUCCAGUCCUGAUUCGUAAGGGUGGGUUGAUUAUUAGUGAUUCCUUGAACCACAACUCCAUUGUUAAUGGUGCUAGAGGAUCAGGAGCCAUAGUGCGAGUUUUCCAGCACAACACGCCGUCCCACUUGGAAGAAGUUUUGAGGGAACAAAUUGCUUUUGGACAGCCUCGGACGCGUAGGCCAUGGAAAAAAAUAAUUGUCGUUGUAGAGGGGAUAUACAGCAUGGAAGGAGAGCUCUGCAAACUUCCGGAGAUCAUACAAGUCUGCAAGAAAUAUAGGGCAUAUACUUAUUUGGAUGAGGCUCACAGUAUUGGGGCAGUUGGGAAGUCCGGAAGAGGAGUUUGUGAGCUUCUAGGAGUGGAUACUGCUGAUAUAGACAUAAUGAUGGGGACUUUUUCAAAAUCCUUUGGAUCAUGUGGUGGUUACAUUGCAGCAUCCAAGGAGAUUAUUGAAUAUCUAAAGUUCUCAUGCCCUGCUCAUCUGUAUGCGACUGCAAUUUCACCAACUGCUGCACAACAGAUUAUAUCUUCCAUAAGGGUUAUUCUUGGGGAAGAUGGUUCUAGUAGAGGGGCUCAGAAACUUGCACGUAUUCGUGAGAACAGCAACUUUUUCAGAUCAGAAUUGGAGAAGAUGGGAUUUCAGGUUUUAGGAGACAUAGACUCUCCAGUAAUGUCCAUCAUGCUUUACAAUCCAUCAAAAGUCCCUGCCUUUUCUCGAGAGUGCCUAAAACGGAAUGUCGCGGUUGUCAUAGUUGCUUUCCCAGCAACCCCACUACUGUUGUCGAGGGCACGUAUUUGCAUAUCUGCUUCUCACACCAGGGAAGACCUGUUAAAAGCUCUAGAGGUUAUCAGCGAAGUUGGUGACCUUGUGGGCGUAAAGUACUUCGUUGCUGAGCCCAAGAAGCAGGAUGACGGCAGGGUAAAGAUGUCACCAAUGACACAGAGCCUCAGAAAGGUACCUCGGUCCGUGAACUCUGGUUUUCCCAACUUUUUGGAAGAUGAUUCAUGCCUUAUUACACUGUAAUACAACUUCAUCAACACAGUGUCACGACAUUCGUCAUUCGCUUUACUGGCUAUUUUCCUUUAAAUUUUAUAGAGAAAUACAGCUUUUAAAAAAUCAACACAUUCAUUGUGUAUAUCCUUUUUUAUUGGAAACCCUUUGUUUAUGCUCAUGGAUUUCCAUGG